AGCUGCGCAGUCUGAGGGCUGCCCAGCAGAAAAUCAGGGGUGCAGAGAGGAACACUUGGCAUUAAGGGCCCCCACCAUGACUCUGGGCUUGGAACAAGCGGAGGAACAGCGGCUGUACCAGCAGACGCUCCUGCAGGAUGGACUCAAGGACAUGCUGGACCACGGCAAGUUCCUGGACUGUGUGGUGCGGGCGGGCGAGCGCGAGUUCCCAUGCCACCGCCUGGUGCUGGCCGCCUGCAGUCCUUACUUCCGGGCGCGCUUCCUGGCUGAACCAGAGACCGCUGGCGAACUGCGCCUGGAGGAUGUGUCCCCAGACGUGGUGGCUCAGGUGCUGAACUACCUGUACACGUCAGAGAUCGCGCUGGAUGAGGCAAGCGUGCAGGAUCUGUUCGCCGCAGCGCACCGCUUCCAGAUCCCGUCCAUCUUCACCAUCUGUGUGUCCUUCCUGCAGAAGCGCCUGUGCCUAGCCAACUGCCUGGCCGUCUUCCGUCUCGGCCUACUACUCGACUGUGCCCGCCUGGCGGUGGCUGCCCGAGACUUCAUCUGCUCGCGCUUCACGCUGGUGGCGCGCGACGCCGAUUUCCUUGGGCUUUCGGCCGAUGAGCUCAUAGCCAUCAUUUCCAGCGACGGCCUCAAUGUGGAGAAGGAGGAGGAGGUGUUCGAGGCGGUGAUGCGGUGGGCUGGCAGCGGUGACGCCGAGGCGCAAGCAGAGCGCCAGCGCGCGCUGCCCACGGUUUUCGAGAGCGUGCGCUGCCGCCUGCUGCCUCGCGCCUUCUUGGAGAGCCGCGUGGAGCGCCACCCUCUCGUGCGUGCCCAGCCGGAAUUGCUUCGCAAGGUACAGAUGGUGAAGGAUGCACACGAAGGCCGCAUCACCAUGCUGCGCAAGAAGAAGAAAGACAAGGGGAAGGAGACUGCUGGGACCAAGGAGGCUGACAAGGGCUCAAAUGAAGCCAAGACAGGGGAGGAUGAAGAGGAUGAACGUGUCCUGCCUGGGAUUCUCAAUGACACACUCCGCUUUGGCAUGUUCCUGCAGGACCUCAUUUUCAUGAUCAGUGAGGAGGGUGCAGUGGCCUAUGAUCCAGCAGCCAACGAGUGCUACUGUGCCUCUCUCUCCACCCAGAUCCCCAAGAACCAUGUCAGCUUGGUCACCAAGGAGAACCAGAUCUUUGUGGCUGGGGGCCUCUUCUACAACGAGGACAACAAAGAGGACCCCAUGAGUGCUUACUUCCUGCAGUUUGACCACCUGGACUCGGAGUGGCUGGGCAUGCCGCCGCUGCCGUCUCCGCGCUGCCUCUUUGGUCUGGGAGAGGCUCUUAACUCCAUCUACGUGGUCGGCGGCCGAGAGCUCAAGGAUGGGGAGAGCAGCCUGGACUCGGUCCUGUGCUACGACCGGCUGUCCUUCAAAUGGGGCGAAUCGGACCCUCUGCCAUACGCAGUGUAUGGCCACGCUGUUCUCUCCUAUAUGGACCUCGUCUACGUCAUUGGUGGCAAAGGCAGCGACAGGAAGUGCCUGAACAAGAUGUGCGUCUAUGACCCCAAGAAAUUCGAGUGGAAGGAACUGGCACCCAUGCAGACUGCCCGCUCGCUCUUUGGGGCCACCGUCCACGAUGGCCGGAUUUUUGUGGCAGCGGGGGUCACCGACACAGGACUGACCAGUUCCGCAGAGGUGUACGGCAUCGCAGAUGACAAGUGGGCACCCUUCGAGGCCUUUCCACAGGAGCGCAGCUCACUCAGCCUGAUUAGCCUGGUGGGCACCCUCUAUGCCAUUGGUGGCUUCGCCACACUGGAGACUGAGUCUGGAGAAUUGGUCCCCACAGAGCUCAACGACAUUUGGAGAUAUAACGAGGAGGAGAAGAAGUGGGAGGGCGUCCUGCGGGAGAUCGCCUAUGCAGCCGGCGCCACCUUCCUGCCUGUGCGGCUCAACGUGCUGCGCCUGACUAAGAUGUGACCAGCCUAGAGGGACCUACUAAGAACCCCUCCCAUCCCACAGCCCUCACAGUCCUGACCUUGUGGGGUUCUAGGGAGGAGGCUGGGAGAGGCAAGAGCCCACCUGGAUCCGGUUAUGGUGCCCGAGGGGCUGCUUCAGCCAGAGAAGGGCUAUUUCUGCCCAGUGUUAGCCUUUCAGGCAGGGAUGAGAAACUCAGGGCCCCCCAGGGUUAUCAUAUUUCCCCUGGGUCCUCUUGGCUCAUAAGCCAUUAUCACAGGGGGGUAUCCAAGGCUGUGUCCUGGCCAUGCCCCCAGUCUGGCCAUGUGUGCAGGUAAAGUUUCCCACAGGACACGGUCCACUUGCCCAUCUGAUGGGAGUGUCCCCAUCAAGUGCAGCUUGCAGUGUGGGUACGUCUCCUUCUUCAAGAAGAAUAAAAUACCUUCUAAGCGAGUAGUUCAGGGUCUGAAAUCAG